UUAAAGAGGUAUUGAUGAAGUAACGGAACCGGGGCAGCGGUUGCCAAAAAGUUGUUUUGUCGAAAGGCUUUGAGAUAUUACGAAAGUUUAUGAUUGUAAAAGAUGAUUCCCAGGGUGUAGUGUUUGAGAAGAAGAAGACUUAUUAUAGAAAACUUAUUUUCCUCUGCGUCAUGCUUUCCAAUCAAAGGCCGCCGCCAGGUGACAGAGGGAAACUUGGAGUCCGUUAUUUUCGAUGAAACGACACUGACUGGAUUGAUUAAAUGGAGGCGGAGUAACACUUUAAAUGAGGAGAUGAAUUUCGGUGUCCCCGCUAAUUCGCUGCUGCUUUUCCGUGCCUGCGACGAGGGGGACUAUGAAACCGCCCGGGGCAUCCUGGAGCCCGGAGCCUCGAAAGAGUCCGGGCGGCAGAGCAGGCUGCGGUCAGAAGCGGGGUCGGAGUGCAAUACCGCGGACAUGUUGUCUAUGGUACCGGUGGACUGUACGGACGAGGAGGGGAACACCGCCCUACAGUUUGCGUCGGCCAGCGGUCAUGAGAACCUGGUCCGGUUUUUGUUGCGAAAGGGGGCCUCGGUGGACAGCCGAAACAACUACGGCUGGACCCCGCUGAUGCAGGCUGCUAGGUUUGGUCACCUGACUGUCGCCCACAUCCUGUUGGAGAACGGGGCAGAGAUUAAUGGGCGGAACAGGCUAGGUGCGAGUGUUCUGACCAUGGCGGCCCGUGGGGGACACGCUCAUGUAGUCAAGCUACUCCUGGAGACCGGUGCCCACGUUGACGACUAUGAUCAUCUGGCUGUUGCUGCGGAGGAGGCAGUCUCAAAUGGCAACAACAACAACAGCUGCAGCGCGGCUGGUUUUAGAGGAAGUGAAGGCUGUCAAGGAGGAGGCAGAGUAUUCAUGGACAUCAUAGCCCUGAUGGUGGCAUCUCAGCAUGGCCACGAGGCGUCAGUCCGCCUGCUGCUAGAAUGGGGCUCUGAUGUCAACUUUUCCCAGAAGACCACUGGCUGGGGACCACUAAUGGUGGCCACCCUCAGUGGGAAGGUGGCUGUGACUCAGCAGCUGGUGGAGCGUGGAGCUGACCCAGACAGGGUCAAUGUUCUGUCCAAGACAGCCUUUGAACUAGCCAUGCAGCUUAAGCAGAGAGACAUCAAGGCCUACCUGGACUCCAUCACCACGGUCCGACCCCAGACAGAUGACGAUAGAAGAAGACCAGAUGUGUUCAGUGCUCUCAAGUUGGGAAAUUCCCAACUAGUCAAGGAGAUCUUGGAGGAGGAUCCUACUCAGGUGAAUUCAUCUAAUCAGGAGGGAGCGUCACCUCUCAUGAUGGCAGCAGUGAGUGGUCAGCUGGAAGUGGUGCAGCUGAUGGUGGAGAAGAACGCCGACAUAGACAAACAGGAUGGUGUUCAUGGGUGGACAGCUUUAAUGCAGGCCACCUAUCACGGUAAUAAAGACAUUGUCAAGUACCUGUUGAGUCAAGGGGCUGAUGUCAACCUUCGGGCUAAGAACGGAUACACGGCCUUUGAUUUGGUUAUGUUGCUGAACGACCCAGACACAGAGUUGGUGCGUCUGUUAGCAUCCGUGUGUAUGCAAGUAGACAAGGACAAGUCGAAACACCGCGGCAGAGCCUUAAUGACUUGCUCCAAAAGCCGACAGUCCCUCAACAACGUCCCCGUGCCGCCUGACGACAAGGGAAGCCUUAAGUCCUGGUGGAGUCGGAUGUCCAAUCGGUUCCGGCGGCUUAAGCUGACUCACACCCUGCGGCACGGCCUUUCAUCCAACCGCCUGGCUCCAUUUCCUGACGAUGCUGAAACUUCGUUGGAUGCCACGAUGAAGGCCAAUAGAAAGCCUGCUGCGGUGUCCAAUGGGGCGCUGGCACCAUCUCCUGCCCUGGGGGCGAAUGACGCCAGCACUGCCCGGCCGGUCAAGAGCAAAGAUACUGGUCUUUGCAGGGCAUCGUCAGAAAAGGAGGACUUUCUUAUAACCACCAUGCUCAGAAGUGGUGCGCCACUGACCCGGCUGCCCAACGAUAAACUAAAAGCGGUGAUCCCCCCCUUCCUGCCUCCGUCCAACUUUGAACCGUGGAGCUCGGACCGCUCGCGUCUACUCGGGGAUGGAAAGAGCGAAGCGCCCCGCUUGCCCAUGCCCCCCCAGAGGAAGCUGAACAGCAGUGGGAACUCUGAUAUUACGUCCAUCAGCCGUGUGGUCAGCAGGUCCAUUAAGUUUCCCAGCAUCCCCAAGGGGCCUUCCUCCUCCUCUCCUUCCAACUCUGGUCACUACCACUCCCCCCACUCCUCUGGAGGCUCCAAUGGAGUGGCAGGGAUCAACCGGGACUGUCACAACCGUUCAGGGGGCAGUGCAGACAGUGUUCUCUCCCAGAUAGCAGCCCAAAGGAAGCGAGCAGCAGGCCUGAUAGAGGUGAAGGCCCAGGCUCCAGAGAAACAGAGCCACCCUUCACUGCUACCCCCAGCAGCCGGUCUGCCGCUGCCUGACAUAAGCCUUCCUGACAUCCACUCCCACCCCAGCCUGGUGGCUUCUGACACCCACUCGAGAAGGAAGAUGGAGUUGAAGAAGAGGCCUCAAUCAGGGAAUUCCUCCACAUCCAAGAGCACGUCGCCCACUCUGACCCCGUCUCCUUCCCCGACGCCCAAACCUCCCACCGGGCAGGGAGACUCGCUGUCCUCCAACUCUUCCCAUCCUCGCUCCAAGAGCAGUGGUGGCUCCAGCAGUGGAACCAUAACUGAUGAAGAUGAGCUGUCUAGUAUUUUGAAGAAACUGUCGCUCGAGAAGUACCAGCCCAUAUUUGAGGAACAGGAGGUGGACAUGGAGGCAUUCCUGACUCUAACAGAUGGUGACCUGCGGGAGCUGGGCAUUAAAACGGACGGACCCAGACAACAGAUCUUGGCCGCCAUAUCAGAGCUCAAUGCUGGAAAGGGCCGAGAAAGGCAGAUCCUUCAAGAGACCAUCCAUAACUUCCAGUCUUCCUUUGAUAGCAGCGCCAGUAACCCCCGACAGCCGGGCGAACCACGCUCACCCACGGGUUGGAUGAGACACCAGGUCCGUUCCUCCAACAAAAGGUAACGCAGCAGCCCUGAAGCCCAGCAGGGAGUGCACCAAAGGUACUUAAAAUAAGAGUAAAAUGUCGUGGACCUCUAGCCAAGGCAUGAAUAAUAUGGAUGCCGGUGUCCCAGACAACUUGGGGCGUUAACACAAGAGGAUGCUGCAGCAAAAAAAACAACCAGACCCUGAUUUUCUGCCUCCAGGCACAAACUGCAUCAAAGUAUUUGUCUUAUGGAUCCUAAAACAGGGGGGGUGUGACAGGGCUGGCUGAGUCCAGUGCCCUGCUGCUAUUUGACAAAACCCACGGUGUGUGACAAGUGAUAUUGUUUUUGCCAUUGUGAUACGAUUACCUCAUCUACUGCUAACGCAGGUCAUGGGGGACACAGAUACACAGCUGAGGGAGAGGGAGAUUUUCAUUUUUAUCUGAAAAGAAUGUGAGAAGUACAGCAUAAUGUAUUGUAAAGUAAGUCGGGAGAACAGAAGAGAGAGAUCCUGAGUAUAACAAUAAAAUACAAUUAAACAGACACUAGCCAGUAAUACUGUGAAAAAGACUUUUAAAUGUAAUGACUCAAAAAGGAAAGAAUAUGAGGGGAAAGGGACAUGUCAGUCUCU